AUGAGCAGGCCUGUCUUUUGCACUUUGAUCCGCUCAUGUUUCGAUUUAUUUGGUUCAAUGCGUGCAGCUUGCGGAGGCGCUGCUGCCCAAUUUCUCCUUGGCAACACCGUCGCUUUUGUGGCGGGUCGUCAGGCCGUUUUCAACACCAACAUUUCACCGGGUGGUGUCGAACCUGCUCGAGGCGAACUCGUGGCACGCCAAGCGCGUGGCGGAGCCGGAACCUACUGGGAGGGCGAGUGGAUCUGCGCGGAUUGCGGCUACAUUUACAACGAGCGUGCUUUCGGGUCGAAGUUCGAGGACCUGAAGAUGGGCUUCAAGUGUCCUGCCUGCGCAGCGCCCCGCCGCCGCUUCGCGCGCAAGCUCGGGGACAAGGUUGGCACCACCCUCGACGGUGGAGACACGCCGAUCAUCAUCUUCUCGGUUGUCGCGCUCGUGGCGGUCUUCGCCAUUGCGUACUGGACCCUGAACUGA